GUUGGAGCAGCUUUGCCUGUUGAUGUCUUAACAUAUGAGGAAAAAACUCUGUCUGCCAUAUUAAGAGUUAUUAGCAGUGGCUUUGUCAAGCUGUGGAGUGCUCUAACCCUGCUGGGCUCCUACCAGAACAGGAGGUGUGCCUUCCGGGUGCUGCAGACAUCUCCAUUUCUUCUGGCAUUAUCUGGCAACAGUAGAGAACUAGUCUUGGACUGAGAGUGGUUGUUGGUUUGGCUGUACGAAGAAGUUCCUGGAGAUGUUGCAGCUCUUCAGACGUGGAAUUUCUGGAGGGAUUUUCCAACAAAGAGCCUCGACAAGGCUAACAUUUGUCAACUCACUGCUUGGACAUCCUGUACUUCAGAGCUUACACAUCAAAGUUGGAGACAAAGCUGAACUUAGCAAAGCUUUCACACAGAAUGAUGUAGUUACUUUUUCUUAUUUAACAGGUGACACAAAUCCUUUGCAUUUAGAUGAAGAAUUUGCGAAGAAGUCUAGGUUUGGGAGAACUGUUGUCCAUGGAGUUCUGAUCAAUGGACUUAUUUCUGCAGUUUUGGGUACUAAAAUGCCUGGUCAUGGCUGUAUAUUCCUUUCCCAGGAGAUUCGGUUUCCAGCUCCUUUGUAUGCUGGUGAGGAAGUCACAGCUGCAGCAGAGGUGGAACGGCUGAAGGGUUCCAUUGCACACAUUUCAGUAUCAUGUCAGGUCAGAGAAAGUGGGAAGACUGUUAUGGAAGGGAUGGUCAAAGUCAUGGUGCCAGACAGUUAGAGCUGUUCAUCCUGUGCUACUUUACUAUACAGACCAAACCAUUGUACACUUCAUUUUGACUCUUUUUAUGUGACAUGACUUAAUCCAGUAAAUCUGCAACAAAAAA